UGCUCGCCCUUCCAGGAAGGUCGCGAGGCAGAGAAGGAGGAAGUGCGCUCACGCCGUCAUGUUCGCCGCCCGCGUCCGCCGCUUCGCUACCUCCGCCCUCCGCCGCGCUCACUACGAGGAUGGGCCCGGGAAGAACCUGCCGUUCUCUGUGGAAAACAAAUGGCGGCUGCUGGCUGUAAUGUCCGUGUUUCUUGGGAGUGGGUUUCUUGCCCCUUUUCUUAUCGUAAGGCACCAGCUGCUUAAGAAGUGAAAAGGCUGAGCUUUGAUUCAUGCAGACUAGAUUUGAUAUGAAGCAUCUCCUGCAGAACACCUUCUCUUGCCAUGAAAAAGCAAAACUAAAAUUAUUUACCACACUGGAUGUGUCUGUAAAUAAAGCUUACAUCUGA